CGGAGUUUCACCCAACAUGGCGCUCCCACCGGAAGUUCCAUACAAGUACGCGAGAACUCCAUGGCUCGACCACUUCGACUCGCCAUUCACUUGCUCAUUUGCAUUCCACUCGUCAUGACCACUUCUGUAUGCCGCCGAGCGCCAGCGAUCUUUGUGAACCACGGCGCUGGCCCCCUUCCCGUCCUCAUGCCUGUGACGGACCCUGACCACGGCACUGCCCGUGCCUUUUUGGAACAAGUGGCCCCCGCUUGGCUCGGCCUGAAUGACGUCGACACGAGACCGAGCGCGAUCGUCCUCGUGACGGCUCACUGGGAAGAGUCGACCGUGGCCAUUUCGUCGGGCGCGUCGCAUCCGCUCUUGUACGAUUAUGGCGGAUUCCCCAAGGAAGCGUACGCGCUCACGUACAACGCCAAGGGAUCGCCAGCCAUUGCGCACAAGAUCCACGCCCUCUUGACCGCCCAGAACAUUCCGUCCAAGCUCGACCCCACAAGAGGAUGGGACCACGGUCUGUUUGUGCCUAUGAAACUGAUCAACCCUGCCGAGGACAUUCCGAUUGUCCAAUUGAGCGUCGUGCGCGGGUCAGACCCCGAUCUCCACUUCCGCAUUGGCGAGGCUCUGGCGCCGUUGCGAGAUGAAAACAUUGCCAUCCUCGGCAGCGGCAUGUCGUACCAUUCAUUCCACGGUCGCGGCAACCUCGUCGCACAAUCCAAAGCAUUCAAUGAUGCGUUGGUGAAAGCGUGCGCUCAUGUGGAUGUCCAAGCCCGAGGAGAAGCGCUCAGGGCGUGGGAGGCCAUGCCAGGCGCGCGCGAGUGCCAUCCGCGGGAAGAACAUUUGAUUCCGCUGCAUGUGAUCGCUGGAGCUGCGGGCCAUGAUGCGCUGACAUCUAAGGACAUUCUCAGCACCAUGUUUGAACCAGUUCGACUCGUGUCGAUGGGGUGGGGUGUUCAAGAGUUAUAACAUUGCUGAAAAUCAAUUCACGUUCUAGUAGCAACGUUACAUUCUAGUAGUAACAGUACGAUUAAUACAUAUGUAGUAGUACCUUCGAU